AUGGCUACCGAGCUGACCGUCCAGUCCGAGAGGGCUUUCCAGAAGCAGAAGGGUAUCUUCCUUAACCAGAAGGUCAAGGCGAAGUCUGCUCGCCCUGGCAAGAGCGGCCGCAGAUGGUACAAGGACGUCGGUCUGGGUUUCCGCACCCCCAAGACUGCCAUUGAGGGCAGCUACAUCGUUGCUAACGUUGGCGCGUCUCCAGACAAGAAGUGCCCCUUCACCGGCCAGGUCUCUAUCCGUGGCCGUAUCCUUACCGGCACCGUCGUUUCCACCAAGAUGCACCGUACCCUUAUCAUCCGCCGCGAAUACCUCCACUUCAUCCCCAAGUACGCCCGUUACGAGAAGCGCCACAAGAACCUCGCCGCCCACGUUUCCCCCGCUUUCCGUGUCGAGGAGGGUGACCAGGUUACCGUUGGCCAGUGCAGACCUCUGAGCAAGACUGUCCGCUUCAACGUCCUUCGUGUCCUUCCCCGCACUGGCAAGGCUGUCAAGAAGUUCAGCAAGUUCUAA